AUGCGCUGAUGGCAACAGAUAAGUAAAAAGUGAGCUCCUCGGACGCACGACAACACACCAACUGAAGUGGAAAGCGGCUCCUGUUCUGCUCCUCAUCCUAUUCGGACGUUGCGUACAAGACGGUUCGGCUUCAGACUGCUGCAGGACUGAAUCGAAAGGAAGAAGACAGUCUCGUCUUUGGCUCGUGUGUUAAGUUUGUCUCCAGUUUGCCUACUUUUUUUUUGGCUCUUUAUGUCAGCGAAUUCGUAUUCAGCUUUGUAGUGUUUAUAGGCGGAAAGGUGGAAAUCAACCGUUUUCGUUUUGUCAUCUCGAAGACUAAAUUUAACUCAUGACGGCAGAGGUCCAGCAGCCCCCAGCGCAGACUCCUGCUCAGAGCAGCCCGAUGUCUGCUCCGGAGAAGCCGCACGGACAGACGGCGGUGAUGGAAACCGCCUCCUCCACAACGAAAACCAAAAAGACAAACGCAGGGAUCCGCAGACCAGAGAAACCCCCGUAUUCAUACAUAGCUUUAAUAGUCAUGGCUAUCCAGAGCUCUCCAACGAAGCGCCUGACGCUGAGUGAAAUAUACCAGUUCUUGCAGAGCCGCUUCCCGUUUUUCAGGGGCUCGUACCAGGGAUGGAAGAACUCCGUGCGUCACAACUUGUCCCUGAACGAGUGCUUCAUAAAGCUGCCCAAGGGCCUCGGCCGGCCAGGGAAGGGCCACUACUGGACUAUCGACCCGGCUAGUGAGUUUAUGUUCGAGGAAGGCUCCUUCAGAAGGAGACCCAGGGGUUUUAGGCGCAAGUGCCAGGCGCUGAAGCCGAUGUACAGCAUGAUGAACGGCCUGGGAUUCAACCACAUCCCCGAGUCCUACAACUUCCAGGGGAGCGGCGGGGGCCUAUCCUGUCCGCCCAACAGCUUGUCUCUGGACAGCGGGAUUGGGAUGAUGAAUGGACACUUGGCAGGUAACAUGGAGGGGAUGGGUCUGUCCGGGCACACCAUGUCACACUUGUCGACCAACAGUGGACAUUCCUACAUGGGAAGUUGUACAGGAUCCACUGGGAGUGAUUAUCCCCACCACGACAAUUCCGCCUCUCCUCUGCUCACCAGCGGGGGAGUCAUGGAGCCUCACCCCGUCUACUCGAGCUCAGCCUCGGCGUGGGCUCCUGCACCCUCGGCCUCGCUCAAUAACGGGGCCUCCUACAUAAAGCAGCAGCCUCUGUCUCCCUGUAAUCCAGGGGCAAACCCGCUGCAGCCAAGCUUGCCCACACAUUCACUAGACCAAUCGUACCUGCACCAGAACGGGCACAGUACUACAGAUUUACAAGGUAUUCCUCGGUACCAUUCCCAGUCUCCAAGCAUGUGUGACCGAAAGGAGUUCGUCUUCUCGUUCAACGCCAUGACGUCCUCGGCGAUGCACUCACCGAGCAGCGGCUCGUACUACCACCACCAACAGGUCGCCUACCAGGACAUCAAGCCCUGCGUCAUGUGAUGCCUCCACACGGACAAUCUGCAGACCAGAGGGACGGUGUCACAGACUUGAGCCACGCAGCAGAGUGAAGUGAAAGGAGAACAACCGAGUAAAUAACCACUGAGAGACAGAGGCCUGCCCCGGCCCUGAUGAGUGCUCACUGCUUCAAGUAGACCGGACUACUUUUCUGUACUGUUUUUUACACAUCAGCGACAAAGACACGGAGACAGGCCAAUCACAAAAGCAACCACAUAAUAAUAAUAUAUAAUAAUACAAACUUUGUCAUGCCAUCAACAUCGACCAGCGGGUAAAGACUGGCUGUAUGAAACCCUGCUGCUGUUUGGUACUUAGUCCUGCAGAGCGGAUGACUACCACUUCACACUUUUGUUCAUGUUUAUUCUUCUUGUUAAAGUAGGCCAAUGUAAAAAAUGCACACGUCUAAGUUUCUAAGUUUUUACUUUUCUUUUCUUUGACAAAUUAGACUGAGGCUCUUUUUUUUUGGACUUUCAUACCAGCGUUGAAUUUCAAAAUGAACAAUUAUGGACAUUGUAUAUAUAUGUCCAUAUACUGUGUAAAAAUGAUGAAGGCACUUUUUGAAUAGCCUAUAAGCGCAGCUUUUUAUUUAUUCUGUAGGCCUACAUAUUUUAAUUUCAGGCGAAUUGGCCAAGGAGGUAUAUGCUUUAUUGGCAAUAUUUGUCAGAACGCUUGUUAUUUGUUUUAAAAUGAAAAUUGAGGAUAUAAUGUAAGCACUGUUAUGUCGUUUGUGUUAGAUAUAUGUAGACCAUUACUUUCAGCACUGUAUACUUAUAUAUUGUUAGGAAAAUUAGCAAGGGUCCAUCAAUGAGGGCUGCUCUUUAGGCUAUAUUAUAACAAAUCAUUUGUAAGAAAUAAAAUAUAUCUGUUGGGCUAGUUAAGCCUAAAUCCACAAAAAAAAAGACAUAUUUCGAUUUCAUGACACACCCAUAAUUGAUGGGACAUUUUUGGGACACUGCAAACAAAUACCUGUGUAGAUCUGAAGUCGGUGAGCAGUAUUACACAAUCAACCAAAAUUUGCAAUAGCCUACACAACGAGUGAGGCAAUUUCCGCUUUUUCCUGAAAUACCACAAUAUUGAUAAUAAUUCAACAACAUUUCAAUGAAUUCAUUAAACUAAUAAGGGGGAUAAACUGACUUCAUGUCAGUAUUACAUACAAUAUAUAAUAUUUGGUGAUAGUGAAGCCAACAAUUUAAAGCACAAUACGCAUAUAACAUCCACACUAUAGUACUACAGCAGUACUGCAGAAAGGUUAUAGAAAAUAUCCAAACUGCGUCUCCAGUGUCCAUCUGGCAGCAGCAGCUCAUGCCUGUUAUUGUAAACUGACGUUAAAUUAACAAAUCUGAUUUUCCACAAAACAAUAAAUAAUUGAUUAUAGAUUUAAAUAAAUGGUUUUGAAAGUCAAUCGUAUUAUGCCCUCUAUGUAAGGAGAGUGUUCGCAGCAAUUAAGGCGUAACAAAUGAGAGGCAGAAAUUUCACCCGUGUUUGGUUACAGGGUGAAAACCUGCAGCUCCAAAAAAUGCAUUUUCUCCAAAAGAUGUUUCUGCCGAAUAACACAGGGGUCAAAGAUACAGACACUUUUUGAAAACCCACACAAAGAAUGGAUUUUAAGAAAAUAUAAAUCCCAAACUAACAACUUACAAAGAGGAAAAUUGGGUGUAACAUUAAAUGUGAGCGGAUGCGCAAAAGGCAAAAGCAAAGGUUUGUCCUCUUAAAAACACUUACGUCUAAAAUAUUACAUAAAAAUGUACUGCAGAGGCACAGGAAUAAGAUGCAAUGAAAAAUGCACAAAUUAAUAUGUGAAUGUCUUAUCACACCAUGGAAAUACUACAGUCACUCCUUAUAGAAGGCACAUGAGCCAGUUUCCCUAAAUGCUCUUCAUCAGAUUCCUUAUUAUUUGUUUAUUAUAGCAGUUGCAAAAAUCAUAACUGCUAGUAUUACCAGCUACUAAGAAUAUGAAAUUCUUUUAGUUUCAGAUAAUUAUGUGAUGUUGAAAAUAAGAACAGGGGCUUCCAAUGUACAAAAACAUGGUGAACAGCAAUCU